CAAGCAUCAAAUUUUAUUAAGACGAAAGAUUGUUUACUCAGUUACUAUGUAAUACAAAAAUAAAUAUAAAUUUUAAAUUGAAAAAUUAAUUUCUGGUUUUACAUAUUAUAUUUGAAAUUUAUUAAUACAAUAUAACUGACCACUCUACUAUAUCCAUGGAUCAUUCAAAUCAUAAUGAUACAAACUGCAAUACAAAUAAUGUACGUAAUAACAUGGAUAAUUUUACACUGAAAACUUGUUUAAGACUAACAGAAGGACGUAAAGGUAUGUUGGAGAGGAAUGUUUCCAAACAUAACCGACUAAAAGCUGAGAUGAAGGACAUGCAUAUAGAAUUGGAAGAUCUCCAGCAAACGACAGUUGACACAAAGAAAUGUUAUGAUCAGUCUUAUAAUAAUGUCAAUCGAGACUUAGAAAUGAAAUCAUUGAAGUAUAAUGAAAUAUUGAAUACAAUAGAUGAAUUAGAACGAACUAACCAAGAAUUGCAGUGCAGUAUACGAUCUAACACGGAUAAAGAAAUACAGAUAAUUGAAAAAAUCAAGAAAUUGGAAUGUUUCUGUGCUGAAACAUUAGAAGACAAUAAUAAACAUCAACAUACAAUUCAGAAUGAAAAGGAAACUGCAAAGUGUUUGAAACGACAAUUAUGUGACUUGGAGGACAUGAUAGUUUGUAAGACAGCGGAAGCAAACAAGUUGCGUUGCGUCUUGACCGACAAAGAGGCGGCGUUGUGUUUUGAGAACAAAAGACUAAUCGAGACGCAGCAGCAGAAUUGUACCAGCAAUCGAAUCGUCAAGGCACUGACGGGUGAGUGUCAGGACAGGGAAGUGGAGCUGGUGGCGUUGAGAAAAGCGGCCCCGGAGCGACUGGCCCGGGCAGAAAAGUGCGCGGAUAUUGUUUGUCAGGAUCUGGCCACCGUGAGUGCUAAAACGGCCAAUUGGAAGAACAAAGUCGAACAAUCUACCAAGAUGCUCGAUGAACUGAAAGUGUCCAGUGAAGCGGAAAUGUGUUGUGCACGGUCCGUUCUAGGAGAAACCAUUAGAAAUCGUGACCUAUUGAUUGAGCAGCAGUGUAACACAUCAAGCCAACUCGAAGAAACAAUAGCUAACAACCGUCGGUUGGUGGCAGAUGUUAAAACUGUGGUCGACUGGAAAGCCGGACUAGUGGCCGAAGUUGAACGGCUAGAACAGAAACUUGGCUGUGACCGACUCGCGUUGGUGGUACAGCGGACAAAGUGCGAUGCCGAUGCCGUUUUGCACGAUGACGAUAUGACAGUCAAGUGGCACACACUCGCGUCGAUCGAGAAUGAGGUGGUGGCACUGAGGCAGGCAUGCCAGGACCGUGAUUCAGCGAUCAGUGAUGUCAAGCGAAAACUCGAUGCCAAUUGUUCGAUCGGGUGAUAGUUAGUUUAGGUACACAAUUUGAAAGAUCCACAGUUAAGCAAAAAUGAUUUCAGAAAGUCAUCCACCACCCAAAAACAGUUAUUUAUCAAGGUAGCCUAAUAUCCCCAGGAGCCAUUUCAGAUAGCCAGAAUUUCACUACACAGUUCCUCCCUGAUAGUAUUUAUAGACGUAGGUAGGACAAUUUUAUUAAUAAAAUAAAACAAAUUAAAAAUAA